UUCUAGGAAAUCGAUAAGCAUUAAAAUGAAGCAGGCGGCGGGCCAACUCUCCACUCCUCACUAGGUAAACGUAUAAAGAAACCCUGUUCUUCGAUAAUGCAGAACCCCUCGCCGAAUUCCGACCUGCCAUCACUCGCCGCCGUCAAGGUCCGUUCCUCAUCGCCGCGGUUCCCUCCCCCCACCACUCCCUUGUCCACCGAGACACCCACGGCCAACGCCCAGCGAAAGAUUGGCAUCGCUGUCGACCUCAGUGAUGAGUCUGCCUUAGCUGUCAAGUGGGCUGUCCACCACUACCUCCGUCCCGGAGAUGCCGUUGUGUUGGUCCAUGUGAGGCCUACUUCUGUCCUUUACGGUGCUGAUUGGGGUUCCGUUGAUCUAUCAAUUGUCGACACUGAGGAUGUGGAGUCUCAGCAGAAGCUUGAGGACGAUUUUGAUACUUUUACGACCACUAAGGCCUCUGAUCUGGCCCAGCCCCUCGUGGAGGCUCAAAUCCCAUUCAAAAUUCACAUUGUGAAAGACCAUGACAUGAAGGAGAGGCUUUGCUUGGAAGUGGAGAGGCUUGGAUUAAGUGCUGUUAUUAUGGGCAGCCGGGGAUUUGGCGCCACGAAGAAGGGGAACAAUGGGAGGCUCGGGAGCGUCAGCGAUUACUGUGUGAGACAUUGUGUUUGUCCUGUUGUCGUCGUGAGGUAUCCUGAAGAGAAGGAUAGUGAAGGAGGGGACAAGCCUGUUGUGCCUUCGACUUCUGCAGGGGAGAACGACAAUGAUGCUACCCAUGAUUGCAAAGAUAUUUAAUUCAAACUUGAGUCCAGGACAUCCUCUUAAGGCAGCAGUAUGCAGAAGGAAUCACAAUCCUCGAGCUAUAUUUUAGUUGACAAGAAUCGUUCAGAUUUACUUGAUGUAUGGAGUAAUAUUGUGUCUAUAAACAGUCGCUCUCUGUGUCAUCAUUACUAGCAUCUUUGAUGUGUUUUCUUUCUCUAUUAGCAUUAACAGUUUUAUUAUGCUGCAAUUUUUAAAUCGUUGCAAUCCAUGUGUACCUCUUCUCAUAAAACUGCUGCUAUUUUUCUAGAAUUUCCAUCCAGACAUGCAAGUUGCUUUUAUCUUCAACUCAAAUCUGAUUUGAAGAUUUGUCUUGGGAUAAAAUUUCAGUUUUGCUGUUUUUUGCCAACCAAUGAGGGCCAACCGGCUCUAUGCAGCAGCAGAGAGCCUAGACUUUGGCUCCUCUCUAGGCUUGGAGGAAGACCUUCCUGGCGCCAGACCUAUUGACCAGGCCUGGAGCCAUUUAAUUUGCUUUUCAGUUGAAAGCCUGUCCCGUUCGAUCAUGAACUAAGCUGGGCCUCUCUCAACCAACCCACAAGGGUUUGAUCAUCAUGGUCUGCCCAUAACGUGUGUCAAGCUGCUUUGGGGACUCGGCACAAUUUGAUAUGUAUCUAGCCUCAGCAUUUAAGAAUGGAUAAUCAAUUCUUUAUUUCAAUAUGUUAAGGCGUUUGAAAGUAGACACGAUUAUUUGUGUAGGGACAAUUGCUAGGAUUAGAGUUGCUCUGUGGUCCAUGUGUUAAAGAGAAGUCCUUUGCUGAGGUCCCUUCUGAUCCUAAGCACUAACAAUUCAAUGUAUUUUGUAUAUCGCCUUCUUGGAUUGGAUAAUAUUCUCUGCGAAUUGUAAUUUCUAGUGACGGUUUCUUGAA